CCGCGAUGACGUCUAAAGCGGAAGCAGCCGUCAGGUCUGGGCUGCUUUGCAGGAAGAAGAUGAGAAACAAGAUUGAGCCAACAAGCUGAAAGUUUUUAACACCGAGGAGGUUUAACAGUUAUUUCUUUAUAAGCGGAGCAGACAUGAAGACGGUGUUUGUCACCGUCGGAACCACGCGCUUUGAUGAGCUGAUCGAGAGCGUCACUUCCUCUGAGGUGGCACAGGUGCUGAAGGCUCGGGGAUAUGAGCGCCUGGUUCUUCAGGUGGGAAACGGGUCCUUUGUUCCAGAUGCGGCCAGCUGUGCGUACCUCAGCGUGCAGGCUUACCGCUUCAAAGAGUCGAUAGCAGAAGACAUGAAACAGGCUGACCUGGUCAUCAGCCAUGCAGGAGCAGGAAGUUGUCUGGAGGCUCUGGGCGCCGGCAGACCUCUGCUGGUUGUAGUCAAUGACAAGCUGAUGGACAACCACCAGCUGGAGCUGGCCAGACAGCUGCACAUGGACCACCACCUGCUCUACUGUACCUGCAGCACUCUGACGGAAACCCUGAAGAACAUGGACCUCUCGGUUCUGCAGCCGUUCCCGCCCGGACGCCCGGAGCACUUUGCUAACUUCUUAGACAAAGCGCUGGGGGUGAAAUGACAUUUAACUCCACAGAGCUGCUGGUUAUGUUGCACGUAAAAGUGCUGAUUUGUUACUGCCAAAGAACAAGACGAUUUAAAAUAUUGUUUUAAUGAGGACUAUUACAUAUCGGACUUCAGAUCUUUGUGAAUGUUCUUUGUUAUUUAAUGCUUACAUCAAAUUAAGCUUUCAUACAAGUUUAAAUUGAAAUAAUCCUGCAGACUGAGAGCUUUGUAUGAGAGGAUUGCAGCAUUAAGACUAAAGUCUCCAUCUGUAAAGUCACUCAGCUUGUAGAUCUUCAUGCACUUUUUCAUUGAGUUUGACCGCUACAGCUGUUUUUUUUUUUAUAUAAAUAAAGGAGGUCAGGUCUAAUGAAAACACUCUGCUUUAGACUAAAUAACCUCUGACAUCCUUUUUGUGAACGAUUCAGCUAAUAUUGCUUGACUGCAAAGUGACGAAUAUUACGCUUACUUUGGGAGAGUUUUACGUAAAAAAGGGAUUUUAAGUUUCAGAUUUAGGACUUGAGAAAACAUGCAUUUCUAGCCGAUUUUUAUUUUUAUUUUCUCUGUACAUCUGCAGGCAGCCAGACAUCUGAUCUGCCUUAUCUUUGCUCCUUUGCAUGAGUCUGAUUUGUUUGUUUCACUGGAAACACCGUCUGCUGUCCUUUUUAACUCAAUAAUCAAAGUUUAUCUCAGGGGACAUGUCUAAUGUAAUGUAAAAUGUCGUUUGGAUAAAUCAGGUUACCAUGUGCACAGUUCUGUGAAUAUCAAUGAAUGUGACUUAGAUUUGGUUUUUAAAUAUCCGGAAGCUCGACAAAAUGUAUGUUUGGUACAAAUCUAAGCUCGAGACAUGUUCCUGCAUCCCAUAGAGGCAUUGCACCCUCAGUGCCCUGGCCCUGAUACCUCUAAAUAAAACCCAGUGCAAGCCGUA